AUGAGCGACACGGCCGCGCCGCCUUCAGUUCUCGACAGCAGCCCCGCCGCGACUGCCGUUGACUUGCCAGCGAAGACACCGCCGAACCCACCACCGACGACCACGACGUCGUCAUCCUCGCCCAAACCCCUUCGGCACACGCCCGCCCACAUUGAGAGCACCACCAAACUCGCGAGAAAUGUCUCCCCGGGCCUGCUGGCACGCAUGAAAUUCCUCAACCAGAUUGCCGACACCAACAACAAGAGCGCCGUCGACGUCGGCCGCAUCGAGGAGGACCGCCUGCGCCGCCUGGACGAGUUCCGCAAAGCCCGCAGCCUCGAAGUCGAGCGCCGCGGCACUGCGUGGUCCGGAAAGGUUGGUCAGGCUCCCGCCGCUGGAGAGACGCCGCUCGUGCCCCAGUCGACGGGCGAGAGCGUGCCCACGCUGGUGAUGGAGCCCGACUUUGACAGCGACCACAGCAGCGUCGUCAGCACCAGCGAUAAAGUUCUCCCAUCUGAGUCAGAAGCCGAAAUAGAGCUCGACCUGCAAAAGUACCGCCUGCCCGACGUCACCAAGUCGGAAAAAGCACUCAGCGGCACCAUUACCGCUGCUGAACCCGAACCCGCGCCCGCACCCCCCGCCGAACCAGCACCCACAGUCGCGCCUGCCAAACCAGAACCUGUCGCGCCUGCCGACCCUGAGCCCACCGCACCUGCCGAGCCAGAGCCCAUGGCCGCGCCUACUCCCCCACCCAAAGACACGCCACCCCUACCCGCCCCCGUACCCGAAGAGGAGCCAUCCGUCCUCGACGACAACAAUGGCAUCGACAUCGCGUCCUACUUCGAGAAGCGCCACUACCCCCGCGCCAACUCCAUCUACACCCUCUCCAAGGCCAGCUUCACCAACCAGAUCCAGCAGCUGACUUCGAUGAAGCUGCCGCCCACAACCAUCGCCUCCGAAAUCACCGCCCUCCCGACCUCCACCCAGGCCGGACGCGCACUCCACAAGGCAGCCAACGACAUCCGCCUAUGGAUAUCCAAGACGAAAGAGGUCCUCAGCGGCCUCGACGCCGACGAUGACGUAGAGUGGGCCGCAGCUGCCGGAAGAGAAGGCCUGGAGGAGGUGGAUGCCGCCAUCGGCAAGUUCGAAGGGCUCGUCAACGUCUACAUUAGCGCAAUAGAAGACCUGCAGUCGCGUUCCGACAUUGCGCUCCUGCCCACAAAAGACCAGACGACGCUUGUCAGCCAGAUGGAGGACAUCGUCAUGAACUGGGGCGAGAUCAAGCAGACGCUCAAGAACAUCAAGAACCAGGUCGAAGUCGCCAUGGAGUGGGAAGAGCUGUGGAACAACGUGCUUGGCGAAAUCGGCGCCGAGGUCAGAAACCUUAGUCGUCUGAUAUUUGAGAUGGAGGAGCGCAGACACCGCGUCAUCUCCGACUCAGUCGCCGAAGCUCCAGAGAAGUUUGACAUUUCCGAGCUCGAGACCGUCGUUGAGGUCAUCCCCCGGAAGCAGUCGAUAAUCAACAGCAAGCGGCUUAGUAUGCCGCCCAGCCUGUCCAUCGUCUCGCCCACCUCGCCCAUCCCGCAAAUCGAACAAGAAAACUCGCGACUGCUAGCGCUCUUCGCCAAGCUACAGCCACUGCGUGCUUCGCUCGACUUCCUUCCUAUGCGACUCAGCGCCUUCCAGAUGCGCGCGAGCACCAUCUUUCCUUCCGCCUGUGACGAACUGGUACGGAGGAAGGAAUCGCUGGAAGAAGAAGAGGCUAAGCUUGAAGCCGAUGCAGAUGCGCUCAGGCAAGAGUUGGGCGAAGACAAAUGGGUGCACAGCUUCCGUCAAGCCCACAGCAAGGCUGCUGCCAUGUACGACUCGUGCAUGAAGAGCAUUGAAAGACUGCAGCAGGCCAUCGAGGACAGCGACGAGGAGAAACUGGCUACGCGCAUCGCCACCUACAAAGACAAGCGAGAUCACUACCCUCCAUCUAUGAGGCGUGUGCUGGAGCUCAUCGAUAUCGAGAUGAAGCACAGGUCCACAGUCAACGGUGAGAUCCUGCGUAUCCAAAAAGACGUCCGCGCAAAGGUGGAGGACUUGGAAGACGUGACUGGAAACACGGACAUCAUCUUGAACGACUUCACUACAUCGCGAAAGCUUCGCGACUCGGUCUCCACCGUACUGACAGAGGGCUCCUUACCACAGUCAAGCCUUGACACACCUGGCACUUCCCCCGCUUCGAGUGUCGUCAUGAGCCGUAAGAGUAGUGGACAGCGGCCUUCCAUUACUCCGGUAAGCAAGAAGCCUCGUCAGUCCAGUGUCGCGAGCUUGAAGUCGUCGGCCCCUCCCAACCGGCGAUACUCCAGCAUACCACUGGGUGCUGAGAGUGUCGCUUCUCGCAAAUCUACACUUGAGCGUUCCGCACGUUUGGACUUUACACCAUCCCGCGCCAUGGCUGGCACUGCAGCUAGUCAAGCACGCGCAAAGACGCCGACCGAUAGGCCUGGGCCCAAGCCUCGUUGGAACUCGGACACGCACAUGCGCGAUACUGUCGUCGGGCACAACUUUAAGCCGUUGACUCUGACCACACCUUCGCCAUUCCGGAAAGACGAAUCACCCGACGGAUCGCGACUGGGCUCAGCAAGCCGUUCCUCUUUCGCCGACUGCAUCCAGCCGUUCUCCAUCAACUACUCCAGGGCAGCAGCGCUCUGCUCGAUUGAUGCCAAGCCCAAUGAACUCAUCUCCCGUUACUCCUGCCAAGGGCAAGCUGCCGAUACGAUCUACACCCCUGUCUUCCUCAAGUACAAGUACGCCAGCGUCUAG